UUUUCGGGCCACAACACGGCAUCUCCAUGGCUACUAGCGUGGCUUUUCUGCUCCAGUCAGCUGUCCACCAGUUGGCUGGUAAAUAAACAAGAAAAUAUCGUGAGUCCUUGUGAUCGGUAGUCCUUUGUCGUGGAGUCGUAGAAUCAUAUCCAGUACAGCCAGCAACGCGACAUGGCCGAUGAAUAAAUGGGUUUGCAGUGCUCCUGCUGCUGCCUGAAAUCCUCACCGGCUCCGAAGGACUUUCACAUCCUACUCCUGGGCGCAUCGGGCAGCGGCAAGACUGAGCUGGGUCACCGACUCCGGAAAACACCACGUCCAGCCGACGACCAGGAUGCCACAAACGGAGUGCGUUGCUUCGAAGUCCUGCCGGAGGAGUUUCCGGACAUCCAGCUCCAGCUCACCGAAGUGGGUGGCAAUUCGGAGAUGCAGCGCCUCUGGCAUCACUACUUUGCUUCGAGUCAUGCUUUGAUUUACUGCUUCGACCUCAGCCAGAAUCCCGAGGAGCUGGGCGUUACCUUUCGCCUCCUAAGGACCUGCCUGCAGGACCCCCAGAUGUCCGGGAAGCCGGUGCUCUUGGUGGCCUCCAGAUACUGUGAUGGUGUCCAGUUGUACGAUGUGGCCAAUGCCUUCGGUCUCGACCACCUGGCCAUGUCCUGCGGGUGUCCUUUGCUCAUUUGUUACAUGGACGACCCGGAGGAUCUGCAACGUGGCAUCCGGUGGCUCUGCCAUCAGUUUGCGGUCAGUGAGUCCAAAUUGGAGCAACGUGUUCGAUACGAUGUCAAUAUGAAGGCUUGGCAACAACGCAGGAAACUGAUUCUCACAGCCGGAAAAUUGGCCCAAAUCCAUCGUCAACGUUUUCGACGUCAGCACAGAAAGUUAUGGCCAGCUAAUGAAGCAUCCUCUGGACGUCCAAGUACAGCCCCUCCAAAUAUAUUCUUCAUACGUCCUGCCGAGGCUGGAGAACAUCCUUAAGGAAAAAGUGAUCAAGAGCGCAUUUAAAGUGCCAAAAAAAUGAAUAAACUUUUUAAACCAGAGGCUAGUUUUGCCAUUUUUUUGCUUAGAAAUUAAGUAAACUUAAUAGCUGAAAAUAAAUUUGAAAUUUCUGUAAUAAAUACAAUGGAUUUA